AUGUUUCUGGCUGAAAAGUUUGAAGAAAACCCUGACUAUACACUAGAAAAAGUCAAUUAUUAUAAAGUACACAUCACUAAGAAAACAGAUGAAAUAAAAAAGGAAGCAAAAAUUCCAGAUGCUCCCCAAUCCUCUCAAGUAACAAUUCUUACAUCUUCAAGAGGGGAUCCAUGUGAAGAGUAUUUAUCCCUACCAAAUCCUUACGAUCGCUACCUCACAAACAACAUAAGUGGAUCAGCUGUGAGCAUCUUACAUGACAGGCAUAUUGAAGAAGGCUGGUACAGGGCGGGGUACGCUAUGGACAUGCCGACGACGCCCCCGUCCUCCCAUCUCCACUGUGGUACAACGUUCCCCGCAUGGAUGAACGGAAGCAUUCCAAACACAACUGAUGGAGAGGCAGAAAGAAGGGUAUGUUUUCUGGGUCACAUUCAGGGAAACUUCUGUAUUCAUCAUAUUGAUAUAAAAGUAAAGAACUGUGGAGUAUACAGGGUGUACCGUCUUCCUCCCACACAGAGCAAUGACGAAGCUUACUGCUUUGGUGAGUACAAACAUAAUAUAGAUAUUGAAAACGACAAUAGUUCUUUCUCUGUCACAACAUCAUCUGUUACUGAUGACGUCACAAGUAUACCUGAACUGGACCCUUGCUAUAAUUAUUCUCCUCUUCCUAAUGCGUAUGACCGUUACUAUUUAAAUGUUCUAAAUGGAUCCACGGGAGCCCACAUUCAUGACCGUCAUCUGGAGGAGGGUUGGUACCGGGCAGGACAUUCACUGGACAUGCCAAAUAUCCCACCGUCUCUUCUCCACUGUGGAACAAUAUUCCCUGUCUGGAUCGAUGGAGAGAUUCCUGACACUGAUGAUGGUAUAGCAGAAAGGAAAGUUUGUUUUCUGGGGCACGUGGUAGGUAACUUCUGCGUCCAUCACUUGCAAAUAUUUGUGAAAAACUGUGGCGUCUACAGAGUGUACUAUUUAUACCCAACACCAAGUAACGACGAAGCCUACUGUUUUGGAAUGGAUAGAACAGAAUCUACCCCGGUCUCCGUUAAAUCAACCACACCACAUACUACUUUACACACGACUGAUAACAGCCAUGACGUGAAUUCAACCCUGCCAAUACCUCAAGAAACAAUUACUACAGACGAUUCAGAAUUAGAUCUAACGACCUCAGAUUAUUAUACAACUGCAGAUUUUGGAACUUCUGUGUCCAAUAUCACAUUGUCAACUCAAAGUACCCAACAGUUUACAACUAGUAGUAAACCCCACACAACACCCCAGACUGACCCUUGUUCUAGCUAUUCAAUCCUUCCAAAUUACGGAGACCGCUUUAUAGAGAACGUUGUCAGUGAAAAUAGUUCUUUCAUUGACGAUAAGGACCUACCAGAACAAUGGUACCGCGCUGGUAACCUGGAUAUUCCUAUACGUAGGCCGAACCUCUACCACUGUGGAACUAUGUAUCCAGGAUAUCUGACUGGGUCCAUCCCGCCUACCAAUGUCACCACUACAACAUUCUCUACCACCCAAACGACGCAUGUCAGCAGUGCCACAAAUACAACCCUACCAAUACCUCAACAAACAACUACAGACGAGUUAGAAUUGUAUCUAACGACCUUAGAUCAAUACACCAGUACAAAAUCUACAAUAUUUGUGUCCAACGGGACUGUAAUAACAACUAACGCAUCAAGCACACCACACCCUACUUUAAAAACUACUGUCAUCAACGUCACGAAUUCAACCACAGCUAUCCCCCAGAAAACAACCACAGAAAGUUCAGGUUCUGUUAUCAUAACUAACGUCUCAAGCACACAACGACCUACUUUAUCAACAACUCAUAGCAUCAACGUCACGAAUUCAACCAUAGUUUUACCCAAUAUAACAACCACAGAAUAUCCAGAUUCUAAUCUGACAACCAAUGCAUCAAGCACAUCUUACCCUCCUUCACAAUCAACUCCUAUCAUCAAUGAUACGAAUUCAAUAAAACCGACUACCCAAGAAUCAACUACAGAAAAUUCAGAUAACAAUGUCCCCACAACGUCAAAACCGAUUACAACAAGUCAAACGAGUUCACAACAGACUACAGAAACCACAAAUGGCAACACAACACAGACGCCAACAUCAACUACAAUGCAGCAAACAACAAAUAAAUCUACCACUACGGGGUCACCUAUCCUAACUUCAUCAUACUCUUCCAUGAAACCAACAAGUACAAACUGGACAGAAUCUACUAACAGGCCUUCACCAACACCAACAGCUUUUACAACACCUGAAACCAUGGAUCCAUGUAUCUAUUAUACAAACUUAACAGAUAUCGAAAAGAGAUUUCAUACCAAUCGAAUUCAAGCAAAUUCAACUUCCAGUCUCUCUGAUCAUUUGCUUGUCUAUGGGUGGUAUGGAACUGGGGGACAUGGUUUAUUAACUUCGAGUGCCAUUAGAUAUCACUGUGGGACUUUCAAUCCUAUCUGGAUAAAUGGCAAUAUACCUCCGGUAGAAGGCGGUGUGGUGGAUCGGACAGCAUGUAUUGUUACUGAUACGAACUGUGGAAUAACCAUUUCCAUUAAGAUUCGUAACUGUGGAACACAUCGUGUUUAUCAACUUCGACCUACUGUUGUUUUCAGUGCAUACUGUAUUUAUGAUUACAAUGUCCCCACAUCGACAAAACCGAUUACAACAAGUCAAAUGAGUUCACAACAGACUACAGGAACUACACAUGGCAACACAACACAGAUGCCAACAUCAACUACAAUGCAGCAAACAACAACAAAUCAGUCUACCACUACGGGGUCACCUAUCCUAACUUCAUCAUACUCUUCCAUGAAACCAACAAGUACAAACUGGACAGAAUCUACUAACAGGCCUUCAUCAACACCAACAGCUCUUACAACACCUGAAACCAUGGAUCCAUGUAUCUAUUAUACAAACUUAACAGAUAUCGAAAAGAGAUUUCAUACCAAUCGAAUUCAAGCAAAUUCAACUUCCAGUCUCUCUGAUCAUUUGCUUGUCUAUGGGUGGUAUGGAACUGGGGGACAUGAUUUAUUAACUUCGAGUGCCAUUAGAUAUCACUGUGGGACUUUCAAUCCUAUCUGGAUAAAUGGCAAUAUACCUCCGGUAGAAGGCGGUGUGGUGGAUCGGACAGCAUGUAUUGUUACUGAUACGAACUGUGGAAUAACCAUUUCCAUUAAGAUUCGUAACUGUGGAACACAUCGUGUUUAUCAACUUCGACCUACUGUUGUUUUCAGUGCAUACUGUAUUUAUGAUUACAAUGUCCCCACAUCGACAAAACCGAUUACAACAAGUCAAAUGAGUUCACAACAGACUACAGGAACUACACAUGGCAACACAACACAGAUGCCAACAUCAACUACAAUGCAGCAAACAACAACAAAUCAGUCUACCACUACGGGGUCACCUAUCCUAACUUCAUCAUACUCUUCCAUGAAACCAACAAGUACAAACUGGACAGAAUCUACUAACAGGCCUUCAUCAACACCAACAGCUCUUACAACACCUGAAACCAUGGAUCCAUGUAUCUAUUAUACAAACUUAACAGAUAUCGAAAAGAGAUUUCAUACCAAUCGAAUUCAAGCAAAUUCAACUUCCAGUCUCUCUGAUCAUUUGCUUGUCUAUGGGUGGUAUGGAACUGGGGGACAUGAUUUAUUAACUUCGAGUGCCAUUAGAUAUCACUGUGGGACUUUCAAUCCUAUCUGGAUAAAUGGCAAUAUACCUCCGGUAGAAGGCGGUGUGGUGGAUCGGACAGCAUGUAUUGUUACUGAUACGAACUGUGGAAUAACCAUUUCCAUUAAGAUUCGUAACUGUGGAACACAUCGUGUUUAUCAACUUCGACCUACUGUUGUUUUCAGUGCAUACUGUAUUUAUGAUUACAAUGUCCCCACAUCGACAAAACCGAUUACAACAAGUCAAAUGAGUUCACAACAGACUACAGGAACUACACAUGGCAACACAACACAGAUGCCAACAUCAACUACAAUGCAGCAAACAACAACAAAUCAGUCUACCACUACGGGGUCACCUAUCCUAACUUCAUCAUACUCUUCCAUGAAACCAACAAGUACAAACUGGACAGAAUCUACUAACAGGUCUUCAUCAACACCAACAGCUCUUACAACACCUGAAACCAUGGAUCCAUGUAUCUAUUAUACAAACUUAACAGAUAUCGAAAAGAGAUUUCAUACCAAUCGAAUUCAAGCAAAUUCAACUUCCAGUCUCUCUGAUCAUUUGCUUGUCUAUGGGUGGUAUGGAACUGGGGGACAUGAUUUAUUAACUUCGAGUGCCAUUAGAUAUCACUGUGGGACUUUCAAUCCUAUCUGGAUAAAUGGCAAUAUACCUCCGGUAGAAGGCGGUGUGGUGGAUCGGACAGCAUGUAUUGUUACUGAUACGAACUGUGGAAUAACCAUUUCCAUUAAGAUUCGUAACUGUGGAACACAUCGUGUUUAUCAACUUCGACCUACUGUUGUUUUCAGUGCAUACUGUAUUUAUGAUUACAAUGUCCCCACAUCGACAAAACCGAUUACAACAAGUCAAAUGAGUUCACAACAGACUACAGGAACUACACAUGGCAACACAACACAGAUGCCAACAUCAACUACAAUGCAGCAAACAACAACAAAUCAGUCUACCACUACGGGGUCACCUAUCCUAACUUCAUCAUACUCUUCCAUGAAACCAACAAGUACAAACUGGACAGAAUCUACUAACAGGCCUUCAUCAACACCAACAGCUCUUACAACACCUGAAACCAUGGAUCCAUGUAUCUAUUAUACAAACUUAACAGAUAUCGAAAAGAGAUUUCAUACCAAUCGAAUUCAAGCAAAUUCAACUUCCAGUCUCUCUGAUCAUUUGCUUGUCUAUGGGUGGUAUGGAACUGGGGGACAUGAUUUAUUAACUUCGAGUGCCAUUAGAUAUCACUGUGGGACUUUCAAUCCUAUCUGGAUAAAUGGCAAUAUACCUCCGGUAGAAGGCGGUGUGGUGGAUCGGACAGCAUGUAUUGUUACUGAUACGAACUGUGGAAUAACCAUUUCCAUUAAGAUUCGUAACUGUGGAACACAUCGUGUUUAUCAACUUCGACCUACUGUCGUUUUCAGUGCAUACUGUAUUUAUGAUUACAAUGUCCCCACAUCGACAAAACCGAUUACAACAAGUCAAAUGAGUUCACAACAGACUACAGGAACUACACAUGGCAACACAACACAGAUGCCAACAUCAACUACAAUGCAGCAAACAACAACAAAUCAGUCUACCACUACGGGGUCACCUAUCCUAACUUCAUCAUACUCUUCCAUGAAACCAACAAGUACAAACUGGACAGAAUCUACUAACAGGCCUUCAUCAACACCAACAGCUCUUACAACACCUGAAACCAUGGAUCCAUGUAUCUAUUAUACAAACUUAACAGAUAUCGAAAAGAGAUUUCAUACCAAUCGAAUUCAAGCAAAUUCAACUUCCAGUCUCUCUGAUCAUUUGCUUGUCUAUGGGUGGUAUGGAACUGGGGGACAUGAUUUAUUAACUUCGAGUGCCAUUAGAUAUCACUGUGGGACUUUCAAUCCUAUCUGGAUAAAUGGCAAUAUACCUCCGGUAGAAGGCGGUGUGGUGGAUCGGACAGCAUGUAUUGUUACUGAUACGAACUGUGGAAUAACCAUUUCCAUUAAGAUUCGUAACUGUGGAACACAUCGUGUUUAUCAACUUCGACCUACUGUUGUUUUCAGUGCAUACUGUAUUUAUGAUUACAAUGUCCCCACAUCGACAAAACCGAUUACAACAAGUCAAAUGAGUUCACAACAGACUACAGGAACUACACAUGGCAACACAACACAGAUGCCAACAUCAACUACAAUGCAGCAAACAACAACAAAUCAGUCUACCACUACGGGGUCACCUAUCCUAACUUCAUCAUACUCUUCCAUGAAACCAACAAGUACAAACUGGACAGAAUCUACUAACAGGCCUUCAUCAACACCAACAGCUCUUACAACACCUGAAACCAUGGAUCCAUGUAUCUAUUAUACAAACUUAACAGAUAUCGAAAAGAGAUUUCAUACCAAUCGAAUUCAAGCAAAUUCAACUUCCAGUCUCUCUGACCAUUUGCUUGUCUAUGGAUGGUAUGGAACUGGGGGACAUGAUUUAUUAACUUCGAGUGCCAUGAGAUAUCACUGUGGGACUUUCAACCCUAUCUGGAUAAAUGGCAAUAUACCUCCGGUAGAAGGCGGUGUGGUGGAUCGGACAGCAUGUAUUGUUACUGAUACGAACUGUGGAAUAACCAUUUCCAUUAAGAUUCGUAACUGUGGAACACACCGUGUUUAUCAACUUCAACCUACUGUUGUUUUCAGUGCAUACUGUAUUUAUGAUUACAAUGUCCCCACAUCGACAAAACCGAUUACAACAAGUCAAAUGAGUUCACAACAGACUACAGGAACUACACAUGGCAACACAACACAGAUGCCAACAUCAACUACAAUGCAGCAAACAACAACAAAUCAGUCUACCACUACGGGGUCACCUAUCCUAACUUCAUCAUACUCUUCCAUGAAACCAACAAGUACAAACUGGACAGAAUCUACUAACAGGCCUUCAUCAACACCAACAGCUCUUACAACACCUGAAACCAUGGAUCCAUGUAUCUAUUAUACAAACUUAACAGAUAUCGAAAAGAGAUUUCAUACCAAUCGAAUUCAAGCAAAUUCAACUUCCAGUCUCUCUGACCAUUUGCUUGUCUAUGGAUGGUAUGGAACUGGGGGACAUGAUUUAUUAACUUCGAGUGCCAUGAGAUAUCACUGUGGGACUUUCAACCCUAUCUGGAUAAAUGGCAAUAUACCUCCUGUAGAAGGCGGUGUGGUGGAUCGGACAGCAUGUAUUGUUACUGAUACGAACUGUGGAAUAACCAUUUCCAUUAAGAUUCGUAACUGUGGAACACACCGUGUUUAUCAACUUCAACCUACUGUUGUUUUCAGUGCAUACUGUAUUCAUGAUUACGAUGUCCCUACAACCUUAGAGCCCAUGACAACGAUUCAAACGAGCUCAACUUCUCAGCAGACACCCUCACCAAGUCCGACACUCUCUAGAGCAGAAGUAGAAGUGCAUCUUGUUCCAGAAGGUAUAAGCCAAGUAUUCCAAGCACGAUGCACAUUUAAUGCGAGUAAUGCAAGAGGCUUACGUUUUAAAAUCACUUGGUACUUUGACGACGUGUUCGAUUCAUCUUACUCGGCAACUCUAGAAAAUAUUUACAGUACCUACAUUUAUCUUCAAAGAGAUAAUUUUAAAACUCUUGGAAGAAAUAUAUCAUGUGCUGUGGAUAUGCUCAGGAACGAUGGGACAACUAUUGAAUCAAGAAAAAGCCAUGAACAGUUUUUAGGAAUCAAGAUUCUUACACCAGUUGUUACAUUCAAACGUGGUGAAGAGGGGAAAAUUCAACUUCAGCUAACUGUACCAAUUGGUUGCCUUCAGUUGGUUAGUCAAUGUGACGUCAUCCUCGCCAUGAUGGACCAAUCAGAAGACCAAUGCACAGGAGCCGCUGUUUCCGGACAGAGAGAUUGUGGAAUUUCUUUAAAAAGCAGAGAAUGGAACAAGAUUUUCGAGAUUCCAGUCGGGGCUAUUGAAGAAGAGGGACAUGAGUAUUCAGCUACUUAUGAAGUGGUUCUUAGGACUGACGCCCACUUCCACCAGCCAAUAUGGGGGCUUUAUGAGCUUCCACCAGUGAAGAUUGUCAUAGAAGAGGGUUCCGAUAGAGAAUGGUCCAAGAAAUACUGCAGAGCUGUCAACGACCCUCACCUUUUAACAUUUGAUCAAAGGCCAUAUGAUGUACACUUGAAAGGAGAUUUCAUUAUGUAUGAGCAUAAAACUGCCCCAAUCCAGGUGCAGGCCCGAUUUAAGCCUUGCUACGGUAAUUCAGGUCCCCACUGCACUUGUGGAGUGGCGGUACAGGCCGGAAGAGAUGUUUUCGUGAUAGACAGGUGUCAGUCCAAAAAGAGACUUCGGAGGAUGAUGUACACCUCUUGUAUGGAUCACACGCUAGAAGUCAGAAAGAGACAUGAUUACCUGUAUAAUAUGUACACACCUUAUGGAACAAGGAUUCAGGUUAAUCUUCGUGGUAAAACUUACAUGAACCUCCAAAUUUAUCCCUCUAUCCGCGAUGUAGGACAAACCAGAGGAUUAUGUGGAACGCUUUCCAAUGAAUGUGCUGACGAUUUUCUCCUCCGGAACGGCAAUUAUCUAAACGAAGUUGCCGCUAACAAGACGUGCGGAAACUUUGGAUGGUCGGAUUAUAGAUGGAAUCCUGAUGCAUUUUCCAGAUCCUGGAUGGUUGCUGAGAAUGAAAGCUUAUUCGAAGAUUAUGACCCAAGUAACUCCGAGUGGCCACGUGAGAGAUACCUGUGUUCCUGCAAGAAAAACGUGGUCAAAGUGAGAAUUGAUGGCAGAGGAACUCCUGACUGUUCCUCCAGUGUGGUUUCAAACUGUACUAGACGGCGGGAAAAAGUCGUUGCAGUUGGCGGGGGUUGUGAAGUCAAAAGAUCCUCAUCAAAGUAUGGUUUCAAACCUUAUGACGCCACAAGGGUACGGAGACAGGAACCAAAUCAGAGAAGGAUAAAAAGAGUUGAUUCGCAAAUACAAUUGACGACGAUCGACAAUGCCACUUCUUUUUGUCAAACACAUUUGUCCAAAUCUGAGGCCUUUAAACUGUGUGGGGAUAUACCUAACGUCAAUAAAAAAGAUGCAAUCGAAACCUGUGCUUUGGACAUUGUACUGACAAAUGGUUCUUUAGAGUGGGCUGACAAUCCAAAGGAAGCUAUGAUCGACCGCUGUGUUUCGGAAUUGCGACUUAAUGCGACCUUGAAUACAGAAAGCAACAACACUCCAUCAGUGGCGGAAACGAUACGUAACAUAGCAUGUCCAAACGACUGUAGCGACGUAGGAACCUGUGUCAAUGGAACAUGCAUUUGCCCGCCUCUUUACGGAGCAUCUGACUGUUCCCUGAAUGUGUCUGUGCCACCUGAGAUCUAUGGGAUUGAAGGUGAUGGAUACUGUGACGUCAGUCAAAUGUCAUGUGACCAAAUUCUCAUAGCAGGCGAUGAUUUCACAGAAACUGGAUCGUACAAUUGCAGAAUAGAGAUAACACAUUUGCUGUUUGAUGGCGCAAUUUCAUCCGCUGGAUUGAAAACAUUGAACGGUGAUAUGCAGACAUUAAUGUCGGUUUCAUGUCCAGUUCCAGUAAGGGAAAAGUUUGCAUCACGCAGUUUACCGAGAACAAGUCCAGUUUUUGUAAGGACGUUCAAUGUUUCUCUCAGUAGUGAGGGAAAUACCUAUAGUGAAUCCUUCCAGUUUUAUCAAUAUAAUUCCACUUAUCAGGACUUUCAAAUAUUGGACGGAAAGCCAACGUUUUCUUUAAAGAGUGGAUACUGCUUCAUUGAUGAAGAAGGAAUUCCAGACGGGUGGCGCAAGACGACUGAUAUUUGUAAUGCUUGCAAUUCUUCUGUUAAUAUCUUAGAAUGGACACCAGUAAAUAGUCCAGAGUGUGAGGUUAUUCGGGAACCUGUUGAUAAGUCCUACUUUGACUCGACUGAAUUGUACUGGAUGUUGGGGUUAGUCAUUGCGGUCAUCUUGAUCAUAAUUAUGGUCGUCUGUCAACAUCGAUGCCGAAGAAUUCGCUCCAAAAGAAAAUCUUCAUAUGACGUUUCUACUGAAUCAUCUUACAAUGGUGCCGAGCUUCAAGACCUUUCUAUAUAUUUCUAGUGUUAUAAACUAGCCAAACACUCUAAAUAUUUGUGUUACGAUUAAUUAGAUAUGUUGUAUGUAAUACAAUUUAUAAUAAACUAAGCACACA